AUGAUAACAACUAAAACGUCUUUAACAUUAACAAGUUUAAUAGUAUUAUCAUUGGUAAUAAUCUUCAAUACGGUAUAUGAUCCAAUAUCAGCUUCAAUAGGGUUCUCAUUACUUGGAUGUGCAAUAACAUGGAGUCUUGUACCGAUAUUAAAAGAUAGCUUCAUAAAGGCCAAUUUAUUUGGCAAUGAUUUAAAUAAACUUAAUAAACCUAUAAUACCUGAAAGCAUGGGAGUUUUGGGAGAAUUUCUAUCAGCAAUGUUGUCAUUACAAUCAAUGAUUUUCUUGGGCUUUGCAGAUGAUGUAUUUUCUAUUAGAUGGAGAUAUAAAUUGUUAUUACCAGGAAUAGCAUCUAUACCAUUAUUAAUGGUUUAUUAUGUUAAUUUUGGUGAAACUCAUAUUAUCAUGCCAAUACCUCUAAGAUUUUUAUUUGGUAUAAAUGGAGUGGAAUUAGGACAAUCUUUGAUUAUUGCUAUAUCAAUUGUGAUCAAUGAUUUAUUAUUUAUAAAUGACAAAGGGAAUUUAAAUCAAUUAAGUAUUGAGGCUCAUUUAUUCUCUUUAUAUUUUAUGUUACCUUUUAUUGGAGUUUCUAUUGGUUUAUUGGUUCAUAAUUGGUAA